AGGGGGCACAAUUACACUGAGAUGGAACCUGCAAUAAUUCUUUGGAAGGGUCUGGCUGCUUUUUCUUCAAGUGUUGGAUGUGUGCUUUGGAAUUAUUUCAAAACUUUUUUUCUUGGUAAUUUAUUACUUGGGCAUCUUUUUAACUGACAAACUAAAGCUACAAAGUGCCAACAUCGCCACCCUGGCGUUUCCUUGUUUUGAUGGCUGUUAUCUUCCCAAGCAAGAAAAUGAAUUUGUUCACACAGUCCUGCACGAACUGGAUGCUUACCUACAGAGAGAGAAACAGAAAAGUGUCCUACUCUUCCCCCCUCUAUCAAGCAGACUUCGCUACCUGAUUCACAAAACCACUGAGAACCACCGUAACCUCGCCACCUUCUCCGUGGGGGAGGGCUGGAGCCGCAGGGUAGUUGUCUGCUACUCGCACCUCAGGCUGGAUCUGGGGGAUGAAAGCAACACAGACAGUUUCUACGAGGCUCCUAGGAGAGGUAUGGGGAUGCAGAGCAGCAGAACGGACCUCCAGCCCAGACCCAAACCCCUGGCCCAGCGGAGCGGAGGUAACGCCAAACGACCUGACAAACCCAUCUACGUCCCAAGGGCGGCUAGGGACAGGCAGCGGGACAGUGGCAGUAAUCUCCACGGACCACCAGCAGGGGUGGACCUCGACCUGCCCACUCUCAGCUUCACCUCCUCGGGAUGCACCUCCACCUCAGAGUCCUGCUCCUGCUGCUCCUCAGACACCACGGAGGGAACGCUGUCAGAAACGCAGGCCAACACCAACCAGGACAGUGUGCCUUCUAACACCACCACCUCUAGUGCUGGGCAUGAGGACGACUUAAUUCGCUUCUCAGAAGAGGAGCCCUGCCCCCCCGCCUGGGACCAGACGGUGUCCUACUUCAUCGCCCUGACCCUGGAGGACCAGACUAGGGAAGCCCAGGAGGAGGAGGAGGAGGAACAUGUAGCGGAGGAGGUGCUGACGGAGGAGUCGUCUGUGAGCAGUAGCAACGUGACCUCCCACCAACACCAUGCCUCUCAUACAACACCAGCCAUGGAUGCUGCUAGCGAUGCUGCUGAUUUUAGCCAAGAGAUCAAGGCCCACUUGACAGAGACUGACGUGGCCAUUGAACACGCCCACAACGACUACUCUUGUUUCGAGAACGUGUGGAUCAACCAGGGCGAAUUUGCCCACGUCAUCGAGAUCUACGACUUCCCGGCCAUGUUCAAAACAGGCGACCUGCUGGAUGCCUUUGCAGACUACAGCGACGAAGGCAUGAAGAUUAAGUGGGUGGACAACACUCACGCCCUGGGCGUGUUCUCCAGUCAAUCUGCAGCCCUCCAUGCACUUUCCAUUCGGCACCCUCUCCUGAAGACAUGCACUCUGUCUGACGGGAGCAAGAAGGCCAAAGGGAAAGCCAUAAGACGUGCCGAGUUUAUCCAGCCGGUGAAGGAGAGGCCACGGACAGACUCUGCGGUAGCCCGCAGAAUGGUAUCCAGAGCCCUGGGAGUGCAGAGAGGUGGAACGCCCUCACAACGUUUCUGACCGCUACAGCAGGUGUGAUGGCCUUUUAACGUAGACUCUAGAGAUACAAAGUAAACCACAGUAUUGGGAUGACUAUACUACCGGGCCUCACUCUGCAAUGUCUUUAGUUCACGUUGGUACUUGUGAUCACUGCAUAGUGCAGAGUCUCAGUUUAAUAAAUCAAUACAAGAACGUUA